AUGCAUAUUGCUAUUAUUAUGUCGUCUUCCUCUUCUCCACUAUCACUUGAUCCCUCAGCUGUUGCAGUUAAAGCGGCAGCUAGAAAGGCAACCGGCGGCGUAGUGGAUCGGGUCUCGCCGGCAACCUUCCCUAGCACAGUCUGGGGCCAUGGCUUCCUCGACAAAGUUGAUCUGUCCCUCCAGGCAAAACAAAAACACCCCAAAUAUGAAGUUCUUAAGGAAGAGGUGAGGAAGAUGGUGAAAUAUGAAGCAGAAAGCGGAAAUGAUGAGGCAAUGAUUGCCGACAAGUUGCGUGUGAUAGAUGCAAUUCAACGGUUAGGCAUUGGAUAUCACUUUGAAACAGAGAUCGAAGAAGCACUUGAAAAAGUGCAUGAGUUGGGAGAGGACUCAACAUUCAUUAAUAUUGAUGAGGAAGGUACCGAUCUCUACCAUAAGGCUCUUCGAUUUCGACUUCUCAGACAACAAGGAUUUCGUGUUUCUCAAGAUGGGUUUGGAAAGUUGAAAAACAGUGAAGGAAAGUUCAAGGAAUGGUUGGUGAGAGAUGAGCAAGGGCUAUUGAGUUUGUAUGAGGCAGCACAUAUUGCAUUUAAUGGAGAAGAAAAACUAGAUGAAGCCCUAGAUUUUACGACGAAGACCCUUAAAUCAAUGCUUCAACACGAUAAGAUCAACCCUUCAUCCCAUAAGCAAAUCGACUUUGCCCUACGAAUUCCCGCUUGGAAAUGUGUCCCAAGGUCACUUGCUAGGCACUCCAUAGAUAAUUUCUACUUUGAGGACUCUGUCCAGAAUCAAAAGCUUCUCAAGUUUGCAAAGUUGGACUUCAACAUGGUCCAAAAGAUCCAUCAAGAGGAGCUCUACGAACUCUCUGAAUGGUGGAAUUGUCUUGACGUGCCGAGCAAUUUUCCGUAUGCAAGAGACAGACUUGUGGAGUGCUAUUAUUGGCUCAUUUGUAUGUACUUUGAGCCCAAAUAUCGGUUUGCAAGAAUUAUAGCCACCAAGAUCUUGGCAGUGUUGUCAAUCCUAGACGACACUUACGAUAACUUGGCUACAUAUGAAGAGGCUCGAACCCUAACCGAAGCUAUUGAAAGGAUGGAUGUUUGCGCUCUUCAAGGACUACCUGACAGGAUGAAAAACAUUUACGAUGUCCUCUUUAUUCUGUACGAUGAAAUCGAGAGGGAAAUCGAAAAAAUAGGACCCACUUUUGCUAUGGAUUACAAUAGGGAAGAGCUCAAGAAAUUUUCCCGAGCCUACCUGGGUGAGGUUCGGUGGCGCACUGAAGGCCGAGUUCCGACGCUGGAAGAGUAUAUGACAGAAGGAUUUGUCACCAGCGGAAUGGCCAUAGUCACCGCAUGCGCUUUCAUUGGUAUGGGAGCAGAGAUCGCCAACAGGGAGGCUUUUGAAUGGCUGGCUAUGGACUCUAAAAUGAUGAGAGCCGGCUCUGUCAUUGUUAGGCUUCAAAAUGACAUUUUGUCUCACAAGUUUGAACAAGAGAGGAGUCAUGCCCCUUCCUCUGUCGAAUGUUACAUGAAGGAGUAUGGGGUGUCGGAGGAAGAAGCGGUUGAAUGUUUAUGGAAGAUGAUUUCUAACAAUUGGAAAGAUAUUGCCGAAGUGUAUCAGAGGCCAACUCCGUUGCCGGUAGUUCUCCUCGACCGCUUCCUCCACUUGACACGUUCCGUCAAUUUGUUUUACGACGCUGAUGAUCGCUACACCAACUCCCACCUUCUGAAGGAUCACCUUGCUUCGUUGUUCAUCAAUCCCGUGCCUCUUUGAAGAAAUAUGUUGGUCUCUUCUCUUUAGUUGUUGUUCAUUGUUGUUGUUGUGUGCUUUUGGAACUUUAUGUGUGUGAUGUGUGCUUCCUUUCUUCCCUCGACUGUUGUUCAAAUCCUUUUUCCUUUUCAUCUUUUCUCUGUUUUCGUAUCAAUAAAAGUUUGGGUUACAU